AUGAUCUGGAAUGAAGCCGACGAGGAGGUAGAAAGCUUGGAAGAGAAGACGCUGUUUGGGGCACCCAAAGAGUCAGAGGCUGCCCAGGGCCUUGAAGCCCAGGGCCUUGAAGCCCAGGGCCUUGAAGCCCAGGGCCUUGAAGCCCAGGCUGCAUCGUCCGACGUACCCCCUGGCUGGACCGAAAAAGAGGCUGCAAACGGCAAAAGCUAUUCCAAGAGCUACGAUAGACCGGUUGAGGCGAACUUCUAUGCCGGAAGAGCCAAGUCCGCCUUACAGGACGCUCUGGCAGCGGAUGCUAGUCUGCCGUGGCGAAGGGGGCGCUUGGUGCUGCUUGGACAGGGCCGUGCGGGCAAGUCCUCCACGGUGCGGUCUUUGGUGGGGAAGCCCUUUGAUGACAAACAGGCCUCCACGGUCGGAGUUGAGACUGCAAGCUGCGAGAUCCAGCGUGGCGAUGCUGUCGACUGGCUUAUGAAAGGCCCAACAUCGGAGACCGAGAGCCUUGUCAAGCAGCUUUUGGCAGAUGGGUCGCGACGCGACGAAUCUGAAACCGGUGCCCAGAGCUCCGAAACGAAAGCAGGGAUAGGCAGUGACAUCAGUGACAUAGCCAAAGACAGAACCGCAAAAGGUCUGGAGGAGCCUGCGGCUCAAGAGAACUUCAAGUCUGCGCCUCAAGAGAAUCUCCUGAACCAGCUCCCGGUGGAUGAGGUUGCGCAAAAGCUGGACCAGGAGAUGAUCAUGAAUCCCAGGUCUGCGGGUCAGCCGGUGACCUUCUCGACGUGGGACUUCGGCGGCCAGUCUGUGUUCCAUAACCUACAUCACUUGUUUCUAUCACGCUGCAGCGUGUACCUGGUGGUGUUCAAGAUGCCUCACAUCUUACGCUCCGAUGAGUCCUGUGACCGUGCGAUCGCGAUGCUGAAGUACUGGCUCAACUCCCUGGCCAUGCAUGCACGCGGAGCCCCAGUCUUGCUUGUGGGUACCCACAAGGACGAUGUACCACAUAGCGCAGAUCACAGGAAAAUCAGCAACAUACUCUGGCAGAAGCUCGAAACUCGAUUGACAGAACAGGUCCAGCCUUUCACACAGGAGGGUGGGGAGGGCCUCUGGUUCUUUCCCAUUGACAACACACUCAGCGGCAGCGGUGGCACGGACCCAGUUGUGCAAGAGUUACAGCAUGCCAUUGAAGCCGCAGCUCAUGAUGAUGUUGCCAAUUAUCUGGAGAAGCCCAUCCCGAUCAGGUGGCGGGGGGUCUUGGACGUGUUGCUUGCAAAGAAAGAUUCCAUCAUCUCCAUGGAGGAGCUGAGAUCGAUUGCCAAGGCAGAGGGCUUGCCGGGCUGGCAGCUGCUCGCAAUGCUUGAAGUCUUCCACGAGCUCGGUGUCUUGUUCCAUUUCCAGACACCGAUGGAGCUUCGUGAGAUUAUUAUUCUUCAGCCACAGUGGCUCGUGAGUGGCAUCUGCCAGGUCAUUUUCGAUUGGACGCUGCAUGAACAGGAACACCAUAAGCAGAUCAAGAUCGAAAUGAAGUCAGCGUAUGAUGCUUGGAGGUACAAGGGGGUUGUGUCGAAACGCUUGUUUGAUCGCCUCUGGGAGCACGGCUUCGAGCAACCAAGCCACAAGUCCUUCUUGCUCCGCUUCAUGGAGCAAGUGGCGUUAACUUGCGAAGUGGAACCAGACACCUACUUGGUUCCAAGCCUCCUGCCACAAGGGGCAGCUGAAGGGGCAUCUCUUCCAGGGGUAGCUCACAGAACCUUCUGGUUGGAUUUUGCUCCGUCCUUCCUUCCCGAUAAUCUCUACAAGCGCCUCAUCUGCUAUGCGAUACAAAAGUGCAGUGGAGGCAAGGCCGAGCCGGUGCUCCAGGAGUCCUUUGCCUUCUUGGCAUUUGAGGGCCAUGAGUUUGGAAUUUCAGCGCACCUGGACCAUGAUCUCAUCAAGGUCGAUGUCCUCUCCGCCACAGAUGCCGGGCCUUGGCUUGUUCUGCACUCAAUCGUGAACCUUGUGGAGCACUUGCGACUGGACUUCAUGAAAGACCUGAAGUACGAAGUCUGGCUCUCUGGGGUUGACAAGUCCAGUAGGGCAAGGAAAGCCGACGUGGAGCAAGCGCGAGCGCGAGGCCUUGCCAAAUUUCGGCCGAAAGGCACCACGAAACUACUGCGCACGGAGGAGUUCGACCCGUUCUUUUCGGCUGACACAACCCGGACACCCAGUGUGCUAGUGGACUCGCAGUGGCGACAACUGAAGAGCACCUGGCCCUUUUUGGCAAGGCACGAGCACAAGUUUGGGCCGAGCGAGCGCGCGGCACUGUACAAAUACUUGCGAGAUCCAGCACAGUGGGGCAUUUCCUGGUCGGCACUAGAAAGUAUCGAGCAGGAUGCCAAAAAACAGUUUGGCAGCGACUACAACAUGAAGAGCAUGUGGCACGUCGUGCAGCAGAUCGUAAAGCCAAGUUGUGCUGAGCAUGGGGCACCGAUAGCGCUGGUCCGAAAUGGCUGGCAAGUGCUGCCGGUGCAGGAUUUCAUCACCCACUGCUGGAGGGAACCGUUCCACGAGUUCAUGGACUCGUUACGGCAUGCCUACGACGUCGCGGUCGUCAAGCCUCACCUGUUCAUCUGUGCUUUUUCCCUCUUCCAAGGAGCCGCGGAAGACAUACAAGAAGCACUUGGGCAAUCCAUUGCGCAAGCUCCAUUCGUGAAGGCCCUGUCAGCUGCUGAGCGUUAUGUGGUGGUCAGAAACCGCAUGGAGGAUCUAUACACCCGUGCCUGGUGUCUGGUGGAGUACAUCUAUGCGAAAAAGUUUGGCUUCUACAAGGACAAGGUUCUAGUGACAGGGCCGAACGAAUUCUCAGAGUCGAGGACAACCUGCACCCAAAUCAAAGCAAGCGAUGAGGAAGAUCGACUCAAGAUCUUCAAGUUCAUCAUGGAUGAAGGGGGUCCGGUGGUGAUAGACCCACAGAUCAACGAGUUUCGUGCAUUCGACGCACGCUUUACCGCGAUGAAGUGGGUGCUGCUGUUGCUGACCUUGGCGUUGAAUCUUGGAGGCGCGUGUGUCGGUGAUUUGCGUCACUGGUACGGGGGACAGUCCAUCCAAGAACACAACGCCUACAACGUGCCAAGAAACUCUAAUGGCACAUCCGGCAUCCCCAAGCAUGUCAUGUGUGCUUGGCGAGCAAAUGCGAGCAACUUCAGGGUCCGUCAGAGCCUUUCCUGUGCUAUGGAGUAUUUUCAAGCAUCGCACCCGGCCUUUCUGAGCCAAGGCUCAGGUUCAGAAAAGAACACGUGGCUUCUGAUGGUUGCGGCAAGGGGUGGGGGCUCUGCUGCCAUUUGGUUCAGGCUUGCUGCUAGCCACCCCUGGAGCAAGCUUGUGAAAGUAGCAGACCCACUUCGACUUGCAACAAUGGACGCAGGACUGGCCCUCACCUGGACAAAGCUACCUGUGGCUGGCCAUGCCUUGGCAGUGACAAACCGAGUGCAGCUUGGCGCUCUUACAUUCCGGUUUAGGGCCUUAUCAAGGUUGUUCGUCGAGACGACAGUGGUGCACAUCGCUGCAACCACAUGCAGCUACAUGACUCACAUGACUCCACAUUACUCAGAGUUCGUCAGGUACGUGUCUCCGACCACAUUUCAGAAGCUGAUCGUGGACUCAACUUCAACUCCACUGGUUGAGGUAAACCACUGCAUCUUCAUGCUGGAUCGGCAUGCCAUGCCUGAGGACUGCAUAGCCUUCUCCGACUAUCAGCGCACAUUGGCACGGGUUGGUCUCGAGAAGCAGGUCCUGGUGCGCGCCUUCCGCGCGCCGCCAGAGUUCUUGCUUGCCUCCUGCUCCCUUGAGGUCUCCUUCCCCCGGGCACCACCGGCAGAUGCCCGACGGCUCGAGUUGUUGGAUUCGGACCUGGAGGAGGAGUUCCGGAGAAGCUUCCAAAGCCAAGCCCUGGCAAACAACCAGAUGCUGGCCCUCCAAAUCAAGGGAUCCCAGGGCGCCCAGGGCAUCUUGGUGAAGCUCCAGGUGAAGAGCGCCCAUGCCAUGGAUUUUGGGAGUGGGGCCAGAACACGGCACGAGAUGACCAGCUUGGGCCUUCUGACCGACCAGACCGUGGUGAGCUUUGCCGCCGCGCCGCAGGUAGCCGGGAAGCUCCUCGUUCUAAACAAUUCCAGCCAGCAGAGAACCAUCUUCCAGCCGGACUUCUCUUUCGAAGAACUGGGGAUUGGCGGGCUCUCCCGGGAGUUCGGAGACAUCUUUCGCCGGGCCUUUGCCGCGAGGGUCUUUCCACCCAAGGUGGUCAGGGCCAUGGGCAUCAAGCAGGUCAAGGGCAUGUUGCUGCAUGGACCGCCUGGGACUGGGAAGACGCUGCUCGCACGCCAGCUUGCCAAGUUCCUCAAGGCGGUGGAGCCAAAGGUCGUGGCAGGACCCGAGCUCCUGGACAAGAUGGUGGGAGAGACCGAGCGCAAGGUCCGGGCGCUUUUUGCCGAUGCCGAGGAGGACUACCGCUUGAACGGGGAGAACGCGCAGCUUCACGUGAUCGUUCUGGACGAGAUGGACUCUGUGUGCAAGACCCGUGGCUCGAGCCGAGAUGGCACGGGGGUAUCAGAUAACAUUGUCAAUCAGUUCCUCUCAAAGAUCGACGGCGUUGAGGCGCUGGACAACGUUCUCCUAAUUGGAAUGACCAACCGCAAAGAGCUCUUAGAUCCGGCUCUGCUCCGGCCUGGGCGUCUUGAGCUACAUGUGGAGAUUGGCCUACCGGACGAAGCGGGCCGCCUGGAGAUUUUGAAGAUUCACACAGCGAAGCUCCAGAAGGGGCGAUUCCUCGACGCAGGGGUGUGCUUGCAGGACCUUGCGGCCCGGACCCGGAACUUCUCCGGUGCCGAGCUGGAGUGCUUGGUGCGCGCGGCCGUGGCUUCGGCUAUGAGUCGAAAAGUGGACAUUCACAACUUGAACUCCGCGAAAGACUUGGACAGCAUUGUGGUGGCUGCCCCGGACUUCCAGCUUGCCUUGCAGGAGGUAAGGCCUGCUUUCGGACAGGACACAAAUUCCCUGGAGGACUCGGCUGCGCAGGGCAUCAUUCCCUUUAUGCCAUCCUGUUCCCAUUUGUUGCAGAAGCUUGAAGGCUACGUCCAGCAAACGCGUUCCUGUCCUGGGCCACUGCUGCUAACCACACUGCUGCAUGGAAUAAACGGGAGUGGGAAAUCAGCGCUGUCCGCGCACGUUGCAAAGCUAUCAGACUUCCCGUUCAUUCGGCGCAUAUCUGGUGAGAGCCUCGCAGGGGAGACAGAGUUUACGAAGCUCCAGAUCAUAAAGCGAACCUUCGAGGAUGCGCACAAGUCCCCGCUGUCGCUGGUCGUGUUAGAUGACAUCGAGCGUCUCAUCGACUACGCGUGCAUCGGCCAGCGCUUCUCCAACAACAUCCUCCAGCUGUUAUUCGGCCUCCUCAAGAAAAGAUCGGACAAGGGCUACCGGAUGCUGGUGAUCGGCACGACCUCGGAGCUUGGCUUCCUACGGGAGGUCGGGCUCCAUCGCGCUUUCGGCACCGCGCUGCAGAUCCCGUCGCUGACACAGCGGGGCGCCUUUGAGGCGGCGCUCCGAAACCGCCCAAACUUCGGCCCGGAGUUGGUCCAGGAGCUGGCGGAGCAGUUGGAGGGUCACACAAUGGGAAUACGUACGCUGCUGGAAGUCGCCGAGCUUGCUUCGCAGCAGCCUCCUGUUCAGCUUUCCACGUUUAUGGAAUGUCUUCACGAUGCCGGUGUGAUGGAGGGAAGGUGCUCCCCGGCUGCGAUUAACUGUCCAAACUGGUACGUGGAGAAAGAAAGUGCGGACUGGCACUGCAUUUCCCGAAGCGUAUACCGCCGAGGACAUGUCUUUGUUCCGUUGCCUUGCGGCUGCGGGUAUGCCUUGCGCAUCCUUGUGCAGGCUCAAAGGCUUGUUGUCUACAAGUCGCUUUGUGUGGGUGAGAAACAAAGGCAGUGGGCGGCCAUUGUGCGAUUCUCCCAGACUUGGCAGAAGGUUGCUUGCUUCGUGGUGCUUGCAGCCGUGUUCCUGCCCAUGUUGGCUGCGCCGGCCUUUGCAGGUCCGCACGGCAAAGCCUCUUCGUGGCUUCCCCCUCUCCCGUUGGACAUGGCCGAGCCCGAGCUCCGGCCCACACUCACCUUGCCGCGACUGCAGUACAACGGCUGGAUCAUCUGGGAAUGCCCCCCAUUCGCGUUUGGCUUGCUGUGCGGCAUCCUGAUGAGCGUGGCAGGGGCGGCGCUUGCCACGUUCUUCUGCGGCGAAUUCUUCUCGGGCGGUGAAAGACCCGCUGCCCGGCUGUUCGCCAAUGUAGCCGCGUCUCUCCUCGCAUACACAGCACGGGCAAUAGAUGCCGCGGUGGACUGCGCCGAGGGCAAGUCGGCGAUUAGUAGCACAAGUGACUUCCUGCGGUCCAAGUUCGUCAGCAGCUUCUGCGGGGCCUUGUCCGCCUUCUCAGGCACCAUAGGGGACAUUGCCGAUGUGCAGUUCGGAUCUGCCGCCGAAGACAGCAUCCUCGACUCGGUCAGCCAUGAGGCACCCGGAAAGCGCCGCUCUCAGCUCCAGGACAUCUCACGAAUGCCUGGACUCUACAACUUCCUCCUGCACUGGGCCUUGACACUUCUCGUCAUGUGGGGCUGUGCCCGCUUCGAGACCUGGCCCCGAGUAGUGCCGAUGCUGUCCACCGCAAGCCCAAUUCCGCUGCAGAGGAAGCCAUGGGUGCGGUCCAAGUCGGUGGUGAGAUGGGGCGCACUUGUGCCUGACUCGGAAACCGAGGUCUAA